CUCACUGGAGCAGCUGUGUGCAGUCGCGCAUUCUCACAGAGCACAACAGCACAGACGAUAGGGGAGCACGGAGCUGAGAAUCAAACAGACAAACCCUGAUCCGCUCAGGACGUUCAUCCAUCAGGACGUGCUACAUUUGGGACACGGCCAUGGGUAUGGACCGUACGGUAUUCCUGCUGUUAAUGCUGACGACUCUGUCGCUCGCCAUCGAGGUGCCAUCGGAUGACUCAGUGGGCUUGUUGGCGGAGCCCCAGGUGGCCAUGUUUUGUGGGAAACUCAACAUGCAUAUCAACAUCCAGAGUGGCAAGUGGGAGCCGGAUCCAACUGGCACCAAGAGCUGCAUCGGCACCAAAGAGGGCAUCCUUCAGUACUGCCAAGAGGUAUACCCAGAGCUCCAGAUCACUAACGUAGUGGAGGCCAACCAGCCUGUCAGCAUCCAGAACUGGUGCAAAAUGGGUCGUCACCAGUGCCGCAGUCACACACACAUUGUGGUCCCCUACCGCUGCCUGGUCGGGGAGUUUGUCAGCGACGCCCUCCUCGUCCCAGAUAAAUGCAAGUUCCUGCACCAGGAGCGAAUGGACAUGUGCGAGAGUCACCUGCACUGGCACACAGUGGCCAAAGAGUCCUGCGGUGAUCGUUCCAUGAAUCUCCAUGACUACGGCAUGCUGCUGCCGUGUGGCAUCGACCGUUUCCGUGGUGUAGAGUUUGUGUGCUGCCCCAUGGAGGAGCAGAAGGAGUUAGACAGCGAGGAGCAGGAGGAGGCCAACUCAGAUGUGUGGUGGGGCGGCGCUGAGGCCGAGUAUACUGACGGCAGCAUACUGAGAGAACAGGCCCCGACCAAACCUGAGCUUGCUGUGAGAGAGGAUGAUGAGGAAGAAGAAGUCUGGGACAACGAUGAAGAUGGUGACGGUGAAGACGAUGAUGAUGAGGAAGACGACGAUGAAGACACAACUGAUGAACAAGACACCAGUGAGCAGACCUCCAACAUUGCAAUGACAACCACCACCACUACCACAACAGAGUCUAUAGAGGAGGUCGUGCGAGCGGUAUGCUGGGCCCCUCCUCGGUCGGGGCCGUGCAAUGACAAGCUAUCCCGCUGGUAUUUUGUGGCACAGACGGGCCGGUGCGCCCCCUUCAUGUUUGGGGGCUGCGGGGGUAACCGCAAUAACUUUGAAUCUGAGGAGUACUGCAUGGCUGUCUGCAGCAGCAGCAGCGUGUUGCCAACCAUGGCCCCGAGCCCUGCUGAUGCUGUGGAUCGUUACCUGGAAGCUCCAGGAGAUAUGAAUGAGCACACCCGCUUCCAGAAGGCAAAGGAGAGCCUGGAGGCCAAACACAGAGAGAAAAUGUCAGAGGUGAUGAGAGAAUGGGAGGAGGCAGAGAGACAGGUGAAGAAUCUUCCUCGUGCUGAAAAGAAGACCAUAAUUCAGCGGUUCCAGGAGAAGGUGGAGGCGCUGGAGAAGGAAGCAGCUGGGGAGAGACAGCAGCUGGUAGAAACACACAUGGCUCGAGUGGAAGCUCUGCUGAACGACCGUCGCCGUCAGGCUCUGGAAAGCUACCUUAGCGCCCUGCAAUCUGAUCAGCCUCGGCCUCGACAGGUCCUCAAUCUGUUGAAGAAGUACAUACGAGCGGAGCAGAAGGACAGGCAGCACACUCUCAAACACUUUGAACAUGAGCGAGAGGUGGAUCCCAAGAAGGCGUCUCAGAUUCGGCCCUUUGUGAUGACCCGCCUGCGUGGGAUUGAAGAACGCAUGAACCAAUCCCUGGGGUACCUCUACAAGGUGCCUCAAGUGGCUAAUGAAAUACAGGAGCAAGUGGCUUUGCUGAUUCAGCGUGACCAGGCUGAAGUCACCCAACAGUUGUCGUCUCUCCAGAGUAAGAUGAGAGUUAGCUAUGGGAACGACGCCCUGAUGCCCGACCUGCCUGACAGCACCACCUCCCUGGACACCCUGCCACCGGAGCAGGACGGCCUGGGCUUCAUCCACCCCGAAAGCUUCAACCAGGCCAACACUGACAACCAUGUUGAACCAGUAGAUGCCCGUCCAAUUCCAGACAGGGGUCUGCCCACGAGACCCGAGAUUCCAAAGGUUCGGCUGGACACUGAGGAAAGGCACAACGCUGGUUAUGAUGUUCGUGACAAGAGACUGAUGUUCCUUGCAGAAGACAUGGGCUCUAAUAAGGGGGCGAUCAUUGGGCUGAUGGUGGGUGGAGUUGUCAUCGCUACAGUGAUUGUAAUCACUCUUGUUAUGCUAAGGAAGAAGCAGUACACUUCCAUUCACCAUGGAGUUAUUGAGGUGGAUGCAGCGGUGACCCCUGAGGAACGUCAUCUCACUAAGAUGCAGCAGAACGGCUAUGAGAACCCCACCUACAAGUUCUUCGAGCAGAUGCAGAACUAAAGAACCACUUCAGAUCCCCAAACUCCCCAUCACCACCAUCACCCACUGCUUCAGGACAGAGAAUCCCUCAUACACACUGUCACACACUC